CCGGUUAAACGACGUCGGCUAAUCCUCUCGUCUUCCGGCACGGCGGGAGACGACGACGAGAUGCCUCCUUCCCUCUCCCUCCACCACCACCUCCUCCUCCUCUUCCCCUUCCCUUCCAAUGCCCAAACCCUAAACCCGCUCUCCGCCUCUCCUCGCCUCCACCCACCUAGCAAAUCCCCUGCCUCGUCCCUCCUCAAACGGCCACUCGUCUCAUCGCCCUCCUCGUUCGCGGUCGCCGCCGUCGACGAAUUCGACGAGGAUGUGGCCAUCGGCGACUGCCUCGUGUUCGAGGACGACGCCUUCGAGGAACCCGACCUCGACCUCCCCUCUCCGGCGCCAUCUACCGCCUCGCGCCCCAGGAGGAAGCCGGCAGCGGAGGGCGGCGGAGGGGGGAGUCUGGUGCCGGACAAGUGGAGGGAUGCGGCGGAGGAGAUAAACAUGACGAAGAAGGAGAAGCGCCGCAUCGCGCACGGGCUGCGCUUCGGGAGCCGCCUCGAGCGGCGGGCGCCCCCCGCCGUGGCCGCGCCCGAUGAGUACCGCGCCUACCGCGAGGGGAGGCUGGACGCCGACCUUGGACGCGUGGAGCGCGACUACGCGGAGCCGAUUGAGAGGUCUACCGUACCGGAUAGAGUGGAGGCUCCGCAGCCUCCUGUGCCUGGUACUCGUGUGGCACCUAGGAACCCGAGGAUGGGGAUGGGUGCGAGGAGCCUUGAUGAUAUCACUGAACUGUUUAGCAGUACGGAAUAUGUGCCAGGCGAGAUGGAGGAUGGCUCGAAUCCGAAAGGUCGACGGAAACUUUUCACAGAUGAGGAGAAGGUUCUUCUGAACAAGAGGCUACCUGAUCUGGAAGCUGCUACUUCUAGCAAGUGGCUUCCACUUCAUACAAUUGCAGCAUCAGGAGACUUCUAUCUGUUAGAUAACCUUUUAAAACAUAAUAUUGACGUGAACGCUCUUGAUAAGGAUGGUUUACUAGCAAUUCAUAAAGCAAUUAUUUCCAAAAAGCAUGCUAUCAUCAACUAUCUCCUAAGGAAUUCAGCAAAUCCAUUCAUCCGUGAUAAAGAUGGUGCAACCCUUAUGCAUUAUGCAGUCCAAACAGCAUGCAGUCAGACCAUAAAAACUCUCUUGCUAUACAAUGUUGACAUCAACCACGCUGAUGAUUAUGGAUGGACACCUUUGCAUCUAGCCGUGCAAACACAGAGAACCGAUAUUGUUAAGCUACUAUUAAUAAAGGGGUCUGAUAGAACUUUGAAAACUCAAGAUGGGUUUACCCCUUUGGAGUUAUGUCUCCAGCUAGGUCAUCAUGCAAGGACGUAUGAACUUAUCAAAUUACUCAAGAGCUUUUGUCUACCAAAGCACCAUGACCCAGUUCAGCACUUGGAUGGUAUAUGAACCUGUCAAAGUUUGUGAUGUUUAUUGGUAGAUGUUGAACUAUUGGGAGGGAACCCUGUUUUUUUUCAGUGCAUGAUGGAAAUGCUUCUGGUUCAAGAGGGGGGUUGCUCCUUGAAGUUAAUGAACAAACAAAGGUUGUGGUCUGGCCAUGAUAAUUGAAAGGCCAAAUUCCACAAUGUCAAUGCCACACAACUUUAAGAGGAAUUAACGCAUGAUGCAUCAUGCAACUUCGAUUAAAAAGUCAAGCCAGAUGUUAUGAGCCUGAUGUAAUUUCUCGUUUCAUCAGAGGUUCCAUACCACACAGGCAAAGUUGUGCUUGUUACUUUUAAUUUGAACAUGGCCCAUUCUUCAAUCCCCAGCGGUGCCAAUCUCAUCUUUCAAGUGACCCAUGUCGAAGAUCCUACAUCCUAGUUUCGUCCUGAUCUCUAUUUGCUUCUCUUUGAAUUAUCUGCAGUAUACUUCUAACAUCUCAUGGUACAUAAUUAGAGAUAGCCUAACAUACUAGUUCUACUGCCUGCACUGCACACUUGGAAACCAUGUUGUUAAAUUUUUUUUUAAAAAAUGGAGG